ACCCCAGCCUCUCGUCCCCAGCCCGCAGCACCUCCGGGCCCCCCCUAACCUCGAGAGGCACCAGGAGUUGUCGCAGGGGGGCCUCGGGAAAUUCCCUGGACCCCUGUGCCAGGAGGUGCCCGGUGCGCCCGCCCGCCCCCCCACCCCGAGGGCGGUGCCCGGGGGCGCUGCCCCAUGGAGCGGGGAGGCGGGCACCGUCUGCUCCUGGAGCCGUGACCCGAGUCGGAGCUGUGUGUCGCAGCCGCCCCGACCCCCGCGGAUCAUGCGCCGUCGCCCCUGGCUCGCCGGUCCCGCCGGGCUGUGAGCCCCCCACUCCUGGCCCGUGACGGCCCGCGCGCCAUGGGCAGCACCCACCCUUGCCCCUGGCUGCGGCUCCGACCUCGGCCCCAGCCGCGGCCCGCGCUCUGCGCGCUCCUGUUCUUCCUACUGCUGCUGGCUGCCUCCGUGCCCAGGUCUGCACCCAACGACAUUCUGGGCCUCCGCCUCCCCCCGGAGCCCGUGCUCAAUGCCAACACGGUGUGCCUGACAUUGCCGGGCCUGAGCAGGAGGCAGAUGGAAGUGUGUGUGCGCCACCCUGACGUGGCUGCCUCAGCCAUCCAGGGCAUCCAGAUCGCCAUCCACGAGUGCCAGCACCAGUUCCGGGACCAGCGCUGGAACUGCUCUAGUCUGGAGACCCGCAACAAGAUCCCCUACGAGAGUCCCAUCUUCAGCAGAGGUAGCUGCCCCCCUCACCCUUGCCCUUCUGCGCACCCCAAAAGCCAACCAUCCCCUACCUACUCCCUCAAGCUGUCAACCCCCCCUGCCCCAGAUGCCCAUCUACCAGACAUACUGCUUCUUUCCGGUUUUGGCCAGUCCAUGGGGGCCAGACAAAUGGGGCAGACGUGUCUCCAGCCUGGGCUGUGUGGGCUGAGGGUAGUAGGUUCCAUGCCUGAGAAUUGACACCUGGCUUAUCCUGCCUUGUCACUGACACUGUCUAUCUCAGGCCCAGGAAAUAUUCACAUCUGUCACCUUCCUCAGUUGACCCUCAAUCUAGUUAACAGCAUUUAGGAUGGAGAGUCUGGGAUAAGGUGCCCAGAGUCAGCAUGAAGGACUUUUGCCAAACGGUGUAGGUGAGGGAAGCCCAGGCAGGUAAAUUGUGCAUUUGCAGGAGCCCUUCCCGGCAGGGUACACCACCAGCCUCUGUGUCAUUCCCGCCGCCCCCGAAAACCUUCUCUGAAUCAGAGGCCCUGGGUGUGUGUGCAUGCCUCCUGCCCAGCAGGCCCGACAGCUCUGCCAAUCCCUCUUCCCCCUCACAGCCCAGAGAAGCCUCAGCCCACUCCUUGUCCUCCCUCUGGGACUUCUGGGCGACCCAGGGCCCACCCUGACAACCCCUAGAGGAGCUUGGGCUGGUGGUGGCAGGAGGUGUUGUCACUGGUUUCUGUUCACACCCACCCCUGCCCUGGUAUGGUAGGCCUUGACUCAGGUCUUUUGGGGAAGAUGGGCGUUAUCUGUUUUUCCUCUCAGCUGCUCGAGUGGGACAGUGUGGGGACCUGGCUCCUUGGGACUUGUCCAAUUCUCAGUUGACAGUGGAGGAAGAGGGGUACCCCUAUACCUUGUGCCCUGGAGGCCCAGAGGCUUCUGGAAGAGUCAGACUCUAAGGUACUCGAAUAUCAGAAAGAAGUCGGCCAGCCUGGGACUUUCCCUUUUCACCAGGACCCCUCCUUGCAUCCCCAGGGGCCCCCAAGUCAGGGGCCAUCACAGGCAGCC